GCUAUUUUGGGCAUUGGGAUUAACGAUUUAAGAUUUAUACCAUACUUAUUUAUGUGUACCGUCAUUAUAUCAUUGUGUUUCGGUAUUGUAUCCAAACCAGGACUUCUUUGUGCUGGUGCCUUUACAAAAAUGGCUUGACCCACACCAGACCACCACGGAAAAUGGCGACUGUGAAAUAGAUGGAAGACGAAAGUAAGAAAUUAUUCAAUGCUGCAUUUAAAUUGUUCCUUGCCUGCAUCUACACCACUCGGAGGUCAUGGCAGCAGAAAUGUCAUGUCUGACAGGUGUUGAUGCAGAAGACAAGGAUGCUGACCCUGAGAUCAAUGCUCUCAUGCUCAUGCAAGAGCCGCUGAGAAUGACCUCCUGCACAGAUGCCUUCAGCAAGUCUCUGGGCCAGCCAAACAAUGUCCUAGAUGUUCUCUCCAGUGAAGAUAUGUUAUCCCCUGUUGGUUUGGGGAACGGACCUUCUGUACAUCAGCCAACUGAGGCCCAUGAGCUCAACAGCUUCUCCAAUGACAAGGAGGAGGAAAAGAACAUCACACCACUUAAAACGGUGCAAGAAAUUGGUGGGAUGUGGGAUUUUGACAUAGACUCUCCUGAAGAUUCUUCAGAUAACUUUAAUAGCCCUAAUAAUAUUUCUUGGGAUUCUCAAAAAGAGCUUAUGCAAUUUUUGUGGGAUAGUCAUGGAGACUCUCCAGGGGAAGAACCUAAAGAGGAGGUCUCUCCCACUGAUAUCCCAAAGAGACGGAAACGGAAAAUGGACAUGGUUGUAAUGGUAGACCCAUCGGAAGAGCUGUUUCCCUCAGAAGACCAAGAAGAUGAAAUUCCAGUCAUAAAAGUCUGCAAACCAAGGAUGUCACCAUCAAGGAUGUCUCCAUCCAGAAAUGUUACUAAGUAUACCAAUGGCACAACAAAGCCCAUCAAGCAUAUUCUUUAUAGUACACCAACAAGUAAUUCAAAGCAGAACAGUAUAAAUCAUGAGCUCUCGCCAUUGAAAAAUCGACUCACAGUAAACUCAUAUUCAGAGAAGUCUCUCGAAUACUCUUGCACAAAAUGCAAAAUUGUUUUUAAGAAACAGCAUCUGUUAGAUUAUCAUAUGAAGUCGCAUACAGAACAGCUGAAGCCUUAUGUUUGUAAAGAAUGUGGAAAGUCUUUUAAAAAGAGCGGUUUUCUCAUCGAGCACAUGGCAGUACACAAACCCAAACUUGAGAAGAAAAGUAGCAGCCCUCAGUGGCUUUACUGCCCCCAGUGUUCAUUUGGAACCACAUGCCCCAAUAAAUUUGUACAUCACGCAAAAACACACCAGAAAGAUAAAAGAAAGAUAGUGUUAAAAUGUGAAAAAUGUCCCUUCAAGACUGAAGAUGAGUCUGAUUUUAGGAAGCAUACUCUUAUGCAACACAGUGUUCCUACUUCAAAAAAGCAUGAAGAGAAACCCUCAUUUACUUGUAAUAUUUGUAGUUCAUAUAAAACAUUUAGCAAACUUGUUUUCACUAAGCAUUUACUGCGACGCCACGACCAGUCUCUGGAAGUCUAUGAAGCAAAAUAUGGCUGUCUUACAUACACGCAAAAACCUGUACCCACUUCAAAACCUCACUUGAGAAAUGCACAGUUUCCAUCUAAAAUAUCUGUUGGAAGUCCAAAUUCUACUAAAGUAUUGUCGCAUGAUUCCAGCAACAUUUCAGAUUUAUUAAAAAAUGACAAAGUUAGAAGAGGUCCAGCAUUGUUUCAAAUAGAGUCGAAACUUGACAAAUCUAUCAAUGAACUUUUAUCUCGACAAAAGAAAGGACCAACGGCCAAUGAUCAAAAGAAGGAAUCCAAUGGCAAUACCAGCGACAAAGAUCCUUACGAGUUGCCCGAGUCCCCUUUGUCUGAAAAUGACCAAGUGCAAUCAGAAAGUGAUCUUGAUCCUAGCUAUUCACCAAGGACGAGAAUAGUAACAAUUAUCCAGAACAAAACCUACUCCAAACGCAAAACUGCCACUCCAAUUAACAGCACAUCCGAAGAAGACUCAGCUCAACCAAAACCUUCAAGUCCCAAUGGUAUGGAAGAUGAGGAGGAAUUUGAGAAAAGGGACAUGUCUCCAUUUAGGGAUAUUGACAACAACCACGUAGACAUCUUUAAACGACAAAAGCAAAUCAUUUACACAUACAGUAGAAGAAUGUCAAUGAGGGGAGCCAUACAGGCAUCGAAAAAACUAUAUGAGAAAAUCAAAAGUGAGGAACAAGAUGAUGUUGAAAUAAAAGACGAGGACACAGAUGAAGAUUUGGUGAUUGAAAAAGAAACUGUCCAACCUCAAAAUUCCACUGAAGAGUUGCCAGAAAUGGAUCUCAACCGCAAGAACUGUCCAUACUGUCCUGCUGUUUUCGAGUCGGGUGUGGGACUGUCCAAUCACGUUCGAGGACAUCUUCAUAGAAUCGGACUGAACUACAAGGCUCGUCACAAACUGUCAGCUGAAGAGGUAGCUACCACUGAAGAGAAGCCUUCCAUUGGACCCAGAUUAUCAACGCUAAUGAAGAAGAGAGAAGAACUACAGCAGAACACAGACUCUGAGACUGUGAAGAUGGUCCACUCCUGUCCGUUGUGUGGGGAUUCCUUUGACAACAGGACAGGGCAGGCCAACCACAUCCGAGGCCAUCUGAAAAAGCUCGGGAAAGGCUUGAUAUCCAAACACAGAUCGCCAAUACUUCUACUUCGGGAGCUGAUGCGUGACAAGAAGGAGUACCAGAGGGCGCUAGAAAUCAUAGGAAAAAACAACCACGUCCAGUACAACAAAGCAUCGUCCAAGCUGUCGGAUUUUCGGACUUUUACACCACGCUACAUAGAUUCUGUGAAACAGGACUGCCCCGACACCAAACCACUAACACCCAAGUUCUCGUUUGACAAUAUAGUUUCUGAAAAAGGCCAACUGGACACUCAUUCGGAUAUCAAAAACAACUCUGCUUUGAUAGGAAUUCUCAAGAAAAGGAAGUGUCAAGAAGACAGUGAGCAAUAUUUAGGAUCAAGAUUUGCAUCAUCACUGCCCCAUUCAAUAACAGAGAAAGAUGGAUUCAAAAGAAAGACUUGCAUCCAUUGUAAUGCAUCGUUCCACAGUGGAGUCAGCCUCUCCAACCACCUUCGAGCAUGUGCCAGGCGCAAGAAGAAUGGCCUACCUGAUGGAAAUGCACUUGAUGGUAAAGUGAGAAGACAACGAAUGAGGCCAGGCCCAAAGAAGAAAACCCUACCCCUGCCUCAAACCCCAGAGGAGAUGUACCGUCUCACCUGCAGGUUCUGUGACCUGGUGUUCCAGGGCCCUCUGUCAGUACAGGAGGACUGGGUCAAACACUUGCAGAGACACAUUAUGAACACUAGUGUCCCCCACACCGGCCUGGCCAUGAUGGAGGUCAGCUCUGUGCCCAAAGAGCCCUACACCAGGAAGUAUGAGCAAGAUGGCAGCACCAGCGCUCUGUGCUGAGGCUACUGGACCUGUUUGCUUAAGACUGUAUGUGUAUGUACAUUGGAUGGUCUUCACUUUUAUUAGAUUCUGAAUUUUGGCCAAAACAAGAUCUUGAACUGGACAUAUGUGACAUUUUUUGAUAAUGCCAAUCUGCUCAUGUUUUACAUGUUUUGGGGGAGGGGAGGGUUCAUCUGCAACUGAACGACUGUUUUGUUUUAUGCAGUAAUGUAGUGUGGAUCCAUUUUUAACAAGACAACUUUUACCUCAGAUUUUCAUGGACUGUCCAGCACUCUCCUCUGUAUGAAUUUCACAUUUAUAAAGAUGUUAGUGAAUACAAGCCAAAUCAUUCUCUGUUGUAGACUGUAAUCUGAAAGGAACCCCGCACAAUGAGAACAAACUUGUUACAUUGACUUUAGUAACUACAUUUUAAUAUAGAAUCAACAACUCCUAAUACGCACAGACUGCU